UGGCGCUCAGUCCAGCAGCCUCGCGCCGGGUUUCCUGUUUAAGAUGGCGUCUCCCGUGGCAGUGCAGUCCGGGAAACUUCUGCGAGACCUGGUGUUCCGGCCCCCCCUCCUGGCGGCCAGGUCCCAGGCAGUUCAGUUCACCUCUAGAAGAUGGUUGAACCUGCAGGAAUACCAGAGCAAGAAACUGAUGUUCGACCAUGGAGUGAAAGUUCAAAGGUUCUUUGUGGCAGACUCUGCGAAUGAGGCGCUGGAGGCUGCUAAGAGACUAAAUGCAAAAGAAAUUGUUUUAAAAGCCCAGAUCUUAGCCGGAGGAAGAGGAAAAGGUGUUUUCAACAGUGGGUUGAAAGGAGGUGUUCAUUUAACAAAAGACCCUAAAGUCGUGGGACAGCUGGCUAAACAGAUGAUUGGGUAUAAUCUAGCAACAAAACAAACUCCCAAAGAAGGUGUGAAAGUUAAGAAGGUGAUGGUUGCUGAAGCCCUGGACAUUUCCCGAGAAACCUACUUGGCGAUUCUGAUGGAUCGCUCCUGCAACGGCCCAGUGCUGGUGGGCAGCCCCCAGGGGGGCGUUGACAUUGAAGAAGUGGCCGCUUCUUCUCCAGAACUUAUUUUUAAGGAGGAAAUUGACAUUUUUGAUGGGAUAAAGGACAGCCAAGCUCAGCGGAUGGCAGAAAAUCUAGGCUUCUUUGGGCCUUUGAAAAAUCAGGCUGCGGAUCAAAUUAAGAAGCUGUAUAAUCUCUUUCUGAAAAUUGAUGCUACUCAGGUGGAAGUGAAUCCCUUUGGUGAAACUCCAGAAGGACAAGUUGUCUGUUUUGAUGCCAAGAUAAACUUUGAUGAUAACGCAGAAUUCCGACAAAAGGACAUAUUUGCCAUGGAUGACAAAUCAGAGAAUGAGCCCAUUGAAAAUGAAGCUGCCAGAUAUGAUCUAAAAUACAUAGGAUUGGAUGGGAACAUUGCUUGCUUUGUGAAUGGUGCUGGGCUCGCCAUGGCUACCUGUGACAUCAUUUCCCUUAAUGGUGGGAAACCAGCCAACUUCUUGGAUCUCGGUGGUGGUGUAAAGGAAGCUCAAGUAUAUCAGGCAUUCAAAUUGCUCACAGCUGAUCCUAAGGUUGAAGCCAUCCUCGUCAAUAUUUUUGGUGGAAUUGUGAACUGCGCUAUCAUUGCAAAUGGCAUCACCAAAGCCUGCCGGGAGCUGGAACUCAAGGUGCCCCUUGUGGUCCGGCUCGAAGGGACCAACGUCACGGAGGCUCAGAGCAUCCUCACCAACAGCGGCCUCCCCAUCACCUCUGCCGUCGACCUGGAGGAUGCGGCCAAGAAGGCCGUGGCCUGUGUGGCAAAGAAGUGAUGCCCUCCUCCCGAUCCUUUGGGGGAAGAAGUCCGUUUUUCCAGAGAAAGGGAUGUUUCUGUCAUCACUGUGAAGGAAUUGGUUAUUCCUUUUGGGAAAAAGGGGGGAGGGUGAGCAAAAAUCACUAUAUGAAAAAUAUUUAAACCUGUAAAUUUUUUUGAAGAAGAUACUUAAACCACCUAAAUAAUCUGAUUUCACUUAUAGUCUUUAUUAUAAUAAUGCCAUCUGUUCUCAUACUUUUCUGUCAUGAUGAGUCUACCCAGUAGGCAGUGUUUUGCUGAUUAGGAGGAAUAAUCUGUAUAACCAAACAGUGUGCACACAUAGAAUUUUAUGUUGGACCCUGGUUCAUUUAUAAGAAUUUUGGUGGACAUUUAGUCCCAUAUAAUAAUAAAAAAAAAUCACAGACCAUAAAACACUCAAACAUUACAUAUGAUAUAACAUACCUACUAGCAAAAAGGUACAGCUAAGACAUUCAAACAAAUAGCUGAUACUGCCUUUUUUUGUUGUUGUUGUUAUAAAUUCCUAAUUCCUAAUUCCAACACAUUUGGAGGACUAUAUUUUUUAUAAUGAAAGGUCUAUAUUAAUAUUUGUGUAUUUUACCAUUUGCCUUAAUAUUGAAUAUACUGUUUACCCCACACAAAAAAUAAAGCCAGAAGCCUUAUUUGCAACUUUGGAAUUAAUGGUUCCAUUUUUAUAUCAAAACCAAAGAACUUUGAUUCUUACGGAAAUUUUUUAAUUAAGUCAUUUCAAGAGGAGACAACACUGAAAAUCAAAUUGUGAAUGGUCAGUCUCUUCUUCGUUCUUCCCUUCCCCUCCACGGUAUACUAGCUUGUGAUAGAAAGAUGGUAAAAUGUUACUGAGAGUAAGUGGUGUUUUCAAUAAUGUCCAUUUUUGUGGUGGGGAAAAAUUUGAAUUAACUUUUUAUUUAAAUUUUGGUAAAUUUUUAUCUGUACACAGAUUUGAAUAAAAUCCUCUGUUUUGUAAGCUCUAA